UCCUUGUUUGUACGCUUUUUAACGCUGCUCGCCCAAAACACCUGGGCUUUUUGCCACCGCCCACCGUGUCUAGCCACCUCUCCUCACCCGACCAUCGUCACUCACUGUACCGUCAUUGCACCCAGGUUUGUGUCCCUAGCAACGCGACGCCAUUAUCACUUUUGUUCAGGCCAUGACGCUCCUGGUUGAGGAUUCCACUUGACACUGAAUCCAUAAAACUCAAUUCAAGCCUUUCGUGGGUACAUUUUACCGUUUUGUACAGAAAUAUCCGGGAACACAUGCCGCUCCUUGCGGACAGGAGCAAUCCUGUUCGCUCCCGGAGAUAUGCUGAAACAGGGAAAGAGUCCGUUGUAUUUACAGGACCAGAUGCUUCAAGAGAUUACAGAUCAAAACUCCCCGACUUCCCACACUAUAUUGGUGAGAAUAGACACAUUUCUGCUGAAAGUACUGGUGACCUAAACUACUUGUAUCGUUCUGCACCUUAUGAUUCAUAUCAAAAACGCAAGGACUGCUACGUAGGAGAGAUUGGCUGGGGCCUGUGUUUCGGUCCAAAACUAAACAGAUCUAGUCUCUUAAGCGGAAUGCAAAUCAAGCUUGGAGAAUUCCGAGAGCGUGCUGAAGACAAAGUGACUCAUCGGUAUCAAAAUCCAUGGCAACCUCCACCUGCUGUACUUAAUCGCUUACGAGAUGGCAGAGCCUUCCUAGCAUGGCCCCUUAAAAGAAGUAGAGAAGGCAGGGAGUCUGCACAGUGGAAAGUGACCACACUCAGCCCCAUUCACAACACCGACUCAUCUACAUCCAACGAAAUGCUGGAUUGUGAGCCAUUACCACCCUGCGAAGAGGGAGCUGCCAUUCCAUUCAACUCUAAUGAACAUGUCGCUGGAAGCCCCUAGUUCAGAUUGUUAUGGAUUUCCCCUUUAAUUUCUCAUCUCACUUUAUUCCACAUUGAUCACUGAAAAUCUAACUGAUCACAAGGUGCAGCACACUCAAUACCUCAAUCAGGUGCAGACUUUCAAAUCAUCUGCAUUUAGUUGAAUCACUGUAUUACAUUUUAUCUCAAAAUGAUCAGAAAUUGCAUCUCAACUUUACUAAUAAUUUACAGAUAUACUUUUGACAAUGUAGACAAUAAAAAUAGACUUUACCAUGAAAUCUUAAAUCACCUCUGCAUUAGUUAACAAAUGUAAUUAUUCAGAGAUGUAUUUGAUGAAAAACAUUCAGGUCAUUUAGUACUUACAGGAAAUUAUCUUUGUGAAAGUGUAAAUUGCAUCUAGUAUGGAACAGGUAUUAUGUGGCAGGAAAAUGUCUGUUCCUAGUGUAAGGAACACAGGUUUCCAAGAGAUUUUUCUGACAUCAGUUUAGAUUGCAAAACAUUGCAGAUCAUUUUCCUACCUCCUUAGCAAGGACUACUUUCUCAGCAAAGGAUUACUUAUAGGGAAAAAAAAAUUGUUUGUAUUGUAACUUUCUUGAUUUCUGUAUGAUCUAUGAUACUUAUUCCCAAAAAGCACUUUUCAAGUGUCGCCACAUUUGUAAUGUGGGAAUUUGGGACAACUAAUUUAUGCACCGCCAGCUCCGGAUGUGUUGCUGACCAUCUGAAAGACAUCGCUUCCAACAAUGCAAUACUCUCUCAAGACAGCACAGGUGCAUCAGCCUGGAUUUUUUUUGCUCCCCAAUCUCUGACAGGUGAGAGAAUACCGUCAACUAAGUCAUGGCUGUAAUCACGCCUCAGGAGUGCCACCAUGUGGACAGAUCCUUGUUGGCCAAUUUUAAUGCAAAUAAAAAUAAGCAAAACAAAAAUG